UGCAUGCUUCAAAGAGUAAGAGCUUGUCAACUAAUAAAAGUUAUGUUUUUAUUAUAAAACUCUAAAUUUAGCUAUUUCUUUAAUCUCUUCUCUCUUUCUUUCUUAUCAUCUCUUCAGUUGUUCCAAUUUUGACACUAAUGUGUUUACAUAACCUAAUUUUUUUUAUUCUUUGAUUAAAUUGAUGAUAUCAAAACAUUAGUAAUUAAUUGAUAAAUUUUAACUAUUGCAUGAAAAUGGUAGAUUUAAAGAAAGAUUUAGAUGAAUAUUUGCUUCUCAAAAGCGAUCAAAAAAAGACAUUCAAACUGCAAAUGCCUGCUAUUCAAAAACCUAAUAUAUCUGGUUGGUUUAAAAAAGAACAACCCGAACAGGAUCAAACUUGGUUUCAAGAAACCAAGAAAGAAUGUUGUCCAAGUUUGAGUCGUCUUCAAAGGAUAGUAUUUUUUGCAGUCUGUGUAGGAUUAGGAUUAUUAUGUUUUUCAAUAUCUCUAAUGUAUAUUCCAGUAUUAUUAUUUAAAGCUAGGAAGUUUGCUCUAUUGUUCACAUUAGGCAGCACAUUUUUUGUGUUAAGCUUUUUUUUCUUAUGGGGUCCCAUAGCAUUCUUGAAACAUAUGUUUGCAAAAGAAAGACUGUUAGUGACUAUAACAUAUGGAGGAACCUUGACGGCAACAUUAUACUGUGCUCUACAUCUUCAGAGUACACCAUUUACUAUUCUUUUUGCUGUUUGUCAAAUCAUUUCUUUACUAUGGACGGUAAUAGCAAAUAUACCAGGCGGUUCUACCGGACUUUCGAUGAUGUCUAAAAUGUUUACCAGAUCAUCAGGUAGCACACUACCAAUUUAGUACUCGAUAACUUAUUUAUGAAUUCUAUUAUUGUUUUAAUUUUUUUAUAUUUAUUGUUUGUAAUACCAUUCUUUUUAAACAUAAUUAAAUUUUUUUGCAAAUUUUGUCUUUCAUAAUCUUGGAAUUUGACUAAUUUAGAUUUAGACUUUUGAGGUUGAGCAGUGAAAGAGGGUGUACUAUUUGAAGAUUGAGGGAAGAAGAAAGUAGAAUUUAGGUCCAUAGGACGAAUGCCAAGAAAAUAUAUUUUUGAAGAGGCUGUGAUUUAUGUUUGCAUUCUAAUACUGACGUAUCGACUACUUUAGGUCUUUAUUCCUCUUUAUCUUAUUAUUUUGCUUAGUUCUGCUUCUCCAAAUAAGUUUCGUAUCUCAUUAUUUGUUCUUCUCAGCCAAGAUUUUUCCUUCCUUGUACUCCCCAGUAUCCUCCUGAGUAUUUUCCUUUGCCAUAUAUCAUAUAUCCAACUUCUCUUUGUCUGCUUUGUUAAGAAUCCAUGUUUCGCUUCCAUAGUUCACUCUUGGUUUCGAUAAAACAAAAUGCAAAUUAGAAAUGAAUCUACUCAUUGGAGCACCAUCACCAAAGCCGAAGACGGACGAUACCAAACACUCUAGGUAUGGUGGUAUUCGAUAGCAGAUUGAAAGUGCGAGAAUAUCUUCAUCUCUAUGAGGUUUUACUGGAAGAAAAUGGUGUUAACUAUAUUGCGAACCGGAAGACAAUUAAAUAGACCGAACAUUUGAUGUAUGCACUUAUUACAAAAUGAAUUUGCUCAUUCCACUUCUUGAUCAUACAAAUCAUCAAUUGGUUGAAAGGUUUACCAAACAUCGUAAAGUAGUAUCAGCAUUAUCUGGGGUGCUACCUUAAAAUUUUAUCAGUGGUUAAAGCAGAACUUGAAGUAUGGAACAGUGAUGACAAGUAUCUCGCCCACCCCGAAAUCUAGUUUGGAAUGCCUAGAUAUGUGCGAUAUAAAUAUUCUAAUAUUUACGCAUUACUUCAAAUCUUGGUUACCAUUCCUGUAUCCACUGCUACCCCAGAAAGGUACUUCUCGAGCCUAAGAAGAAACUAUUUACGAAAUACUAAGAGUGAAAACAGACUUAAUGGUUUGGCUCUCAUGAACACUCACUAUGGAACAGACAUUCAUGCAGAUGAAGUAGUUGAUAUAUUUAAAAAAAAGAGCCGAAGAUUUAUUCUUUAAUUGUUAUAGAUUUAGCGCAGAGGAACGAAAAAGAACUUUAUCAAUAACUAUGUAGAAAUGUUUCCGAUGAAUAUAUAGAUAUUAAAUUUCAUGUAUUUUU